AUGACCUCGACAACUAUGACACAAUGCGAAGCAUUGGAACUGGGUAUUAAACUAACAUGUCGUUUGAACGAUACCGAUGUGGGAUUGAAACCACUUGAUCAUCUCAAUACAUUAUUGGAAUCAUAUAAACAUUUGAUGCCAGUUCUAAGUGGCGAACUCACUCAAACGAAUAUUUCAACUUUUGUAAACCAAACGAUUGAAUGCAUUCCUGAUCCGAAUAUGAAACGAUUUCUUAAGCCAAUAUCAAAUGCAUUGAACAGUUUGACUAACAACAGUAAUCCAACGAUGACUGUCAUUGAUGAAGUUCUUAAUUUAAUACCAGAUGAGCAGCUCUCCAAUCAAGCCAAAGCUAUCUUAGGAUCGACCCCAGAAAUAAUUGUUGGUGAUGUCAAACAAAAAAUUAUCGAAUUAGCACAAGAAAUCAUUUCUAUAGACUCAUCUGAGAUCAGUUUGGGAAGAAUACUUGAUCGAGGAAUAGAAGAACCAAUUCAAGCACUCAAAUCGAUUUCAGUUUUGCUUCCAGAAAAUCUUCGAUUGGGAUUCAAUGAAGGCAUCAAACAGUUGGCUUCUUCAAAGGCGAUACAAAAUCAAGUCAUUGAAACGAUAACUGAUUUGUACGGAUUGGAAACAGGAAAUGUUCUACAAGUAUCGUUGAAUGCAUUGAAUUCAUUGUCAAUUGACAAACUGCAAUCAUUAAAGUAUCUCGCACAACUAUUACCGAACAAAGAGACCCAAGCACUUUUUGAAAAAAUAGAACAGUUCAGCCAGUUAGAAACAUGCGAAUUAAAAGAUGUGGUCAAAACAACGUUUGAUUUAGCUUCAGUUCUGGCACCAAAGAAAACAUCAGCAAUGCUACAUACUGCCGCAAAUGUAUAUGAAAAAUUGACGAAUCAUCAGGAAAUCGAUGCAAUCAAAGAAGCUCUCACACUUAUUCCACAUAUACCGGAACAAGCUCAAAAGAUUUUGACAUCAUUAACUCAACUAACGAAGCAACCAAUAACGAAAGAAAAUCUACUUGGUUGUGCUUUUGAUGCAGCUAUUGGUAUAGUCGACGAGAAAACGGCGAAGUCACUGGUCGUUGCACAAAAUGCAAUUAAUCAAAUACAAAAUAAUGAUCUACAAGGAGCAAUUCAUUCGAUAGCAAAUGGAUAUUUUCCGGAACAUGCCAAGAAAAUUGAUACAGCCGUCACAAUAGCAAACUCAGCUGCUCAAGCUCUUUCACAAACAAAGGAUCCCUUACAAGCAUUGAAUACUCUCUUGAAUGACGAUAAUCUAAAGUCGUGUUUGCCGCCCGAAAUACAAAAAGUCUAUGGUAUAGCUCAAGAGGUACAAACAAUUAUUAAACACAAAGAUAUGGCAACUGAAGAUUUAGCGAAACAUGCAUUAAACUUGGGAGCCUCAUUUUUGCCACCAGAAUAUGCUGAGAAAGUUCACGUAGUGAUCGAUGUAAUCGAUUCGAUUCAAUCGAAGAAUCCACAAAAAAUACUUGACCACUCGGUGAAUGCAAUUAGUACUUUUCUUCCAGAGGAGGUUCGUCAUGUUGUUCAAUCAGCUAUGCCAUUACUACAUAAAAAGCUCAAUAAUCAAGCGAUUAGCUACGAAGACAUGAUUGAUGUGGCGGGCUCCAUCAUUGGUGGUAAAGGACAACAAAUACUGACCGCUACCAAACCAUUGGUGAAAUCGUUAAUAUCUGGAAAGCCUCUGUCGGGCGAUCAUUAUCUCGACUUAGCUACCAAUCUACUCGCUGCAGUUGGUGUAGAUAAGAAAGUAGUCGAUGUGAUACAAAAAGCAGGAACUGUGUACAAAAAUAUUAAAAAAAUUACAGAAUGUGUUUCAGCCCUAUCAAAGGCAACAACAUUGGCCGCAAAAGCAGCUCAAAUCAGUUCGAUUGCAACAGCUGCAAUGUCAAUUAUCAUUGACCUCAUACCUGGUAUACCAGAGCCUGUUAAACAUGCCUUUGCAAUUAUUGCUGGUAUAGCUGCAAUCCUAAUGGCUACAAAUCCAAUCGGGCUCGUACUAGCGGCUAUAGGAUUGGCUUUCUCUAUCUUCAGUGCAUUCAGUGGAUUGUUUGGUGGAGGUGGCGGUGGAAAAGGCGAUGGAGGUGGCGGUGGAAAAGGCGGUGGAGGUGGCGGUGGAAAAGGCGGUGGUGAUGGCGGUGGAGAUAGUGGUGGAGGUAGUGGUGAAAGUGACAGUGGAGGUAGCGGUAGAAAAGGCGGCGAAAGUGGUGGUGCAGGUACUACUGGAACUAACGGUGAAAGUAGUGGCGCAGGUACCACUGUAGCUGGCGGUGGAAGUAGCGUUGGUAGUCGUCCUGGAGGUGGAAGCAGUAGUAGCGAUAUCAGUAGUGAAGCCAAUAGUAAACCAAACGGCACCAGUAGUGAUAGUGGAGCCAGCAGCACAACAGGUGGAGCCAGUGGUAAACCGAGCGGUACCACUACUGGUAGCGAAGUCAGUGGAGC